AUGGUAAUACGCACGUUUCUUCCGUUUGUCGGGUCUGUUUGCGCUGCAAAGGGCCUACAAAAGUACCUUGCUCAGCCGAAGCUGAAAGUCGCAGCAAAAGAAGAGACGGAGAAGGCCGACUGGGAUUACAACUGGGAUCACCGGCAUCCUCAGGCCGAUUGGACUGACGAAAUGAAGGAAAAAUACAAAGUGAAGAAGACAAGACAUGUGUACUUGAUCCGACAUGGGCAGUACAUGGACGGCGAGAAAGACGCAGAUCGCGUGCUCAGCGAGAAAGGUCGCGAGCAAGCUCGCCUCUGCGGGGAGUACCUGAAGGCUUCUGGAAUUAAACCGACACAAUUCGUUCAUUCUACAAUGACCAGAGCGACUGAAACUGCCAAUAUCAUAAACUCGGUGCUGCAAGUCGAUUGCAAAGUUGAGAGUUCCGAUCUGAUCAGAGAAGGUUGCCCUAUCGAGCCCUCUCCUCCACUCAAAGGCUACCCUGAAAAGCCAUGGACCGAGUACAAAGAAUCUGCAGCUAUCGAAGCCGGCUUCCGUAAAUUCAUUCGCCGUGCCAAGCCUUCUAGCGAGGAGAACGAGGCGGCCGUGAUUGUCUGCCACGGAAACGUGAUCCGAUACUUUUUUUGCCGUGGACUUCAGUUGCCUCCAUCUGCAUGGCUUCAUCUCUCAGUUUCGCACUGUUCAGUUACUCAGAUGCACAUGAGACCCAGCGGUACAGUUGGAAGCCGAGCAGUUGGCAACAACAGUUUUUUGCCCAGAAAAUAUGUCACAUUCACAAACAGAGAGUAA